GUUCCUUGCGCCGCUCUCACGUCAACAGUGAGGGCGGAAGCGAAGAGUACAGGAUGCGGCUCCUGGUUGCGUUGCUCCUGCUAAGUGUCGCAGUGGCGGACACCAUCUCAAGAAAAGAUAAGUCUCCUGAAGUAAAAGCUACGUCCCCGCCUCCUACGGAGGUAGAGCCUUCUAAGUCGGGAAUGCCUGGCAGUCCGACGGGGCAGAGACAACAGCAAUCCACUACCGUAGGCCAGGUGGAGCCGACUAAGGCAGCAGUUUCCAGUUCGGCGGUAUCUGGACAGCAGGUCGCUGCAACCGAUCCCCCCAAAGACGAGUCGUCUAAUCCCAAAACUCAGCCCGAGAAAACAGAUACCAAGUCAACGGGGUCUGCACAACAGCCCCCGCCAGCCGACCCCAAACAGGAGGAAUCUGGGCAGAAGCCCACAAAAGUUGAUCCGGAAAAGCCCACAAAAGUUGAUUCCAAUGAGCCCGUCUCCAAACCCUCCUCAAAUCAGGAGACCCCCAAGAUUGAGAAAACCGAGCUAGCUGGAAAAGGACAGAAAUCAACGCCUACUUCCAAAACUGAAUCUGGGGAGAGACCAGCAGGAGACUCUGACUUCUCUUUAAAGCCAGAGGGAGAAGAGAAGUAUUCAGAGCCCACUGAAGCUGUGGAAGCCAAGGAAGAGAGUGAGGUAGAGCCAGAAGAGGGCUCACCACUUGAAGAAGAGGGUGUAAAGGUGUUGGACCCUUCCUCCAGUGAGAACCGAGAGGGGCCGCUUAUAGAGUCUGUGAAUGAGGAGAAGGAUACCUCUUACAAGGACAGUUCUGCAAACACCAGUGCUGAGAGCAGCCACUUCUUUGCCUAUCUGGUGACCGCAGCUGUCCUUGUUGCUGUUCUCUAUAUUGCUUACCACAACAAGCGGAAGAUUAUUGCUUUUGCCCUAGAAGGAAAAAGAUCCAAAGUCACUCGGAGACCAAAGGCCAGUGACUACCAGCGUUUAAACCUAAAGCUUUGAUUAUUUUUUUGUCUGCAAGAACCUUGUGCUCCCUCUGAUUUGUUCCUGAAUCAAGAAAAAUGAAAAGACUGACCUCCUCUGGGGUUUGUGGCAAGUCCAGGCCUGCAGAGAUGGGAUUGCUUCAGGUUUUGCACCUGCACUUUGGUGACAUUGUACUCUUUUGGUGUUUAUUUACUUUUGUGUUUCCUUUAUGCUGGUGUGUUCCGCCAUCCGUUCUUCCAUGGAGUGAGGAGGGAGCACGUGAAAACGUGACUGACUGAAGGAAGCCUCUCCCUCAGGCAGGCACACGAUGGACCACUCCCAUAGCCACUUUAUCUUUGCAACUCUAGGAGGAAGCUGCAGAGAGAUGCUUUCUAAACAAGAAACAGAAGAUGGUGGGUGCGAUUCUGAUGGGCAGAAAGAGGUUUGAACCCUAAUUCUCUGUAGAGGCCUCAGCUGCAAACCAGUGUAGCAGGUUUAAAGAGUGCUGAAGUCUGACCCACUUGACUGUCUAUUUUUCUGUAAGUUUGCACUCUGGUUGUACUAGCAUAAAAAGGAACUUGGGGUUUCUGGAAGUAAAAUCAUGGUUCCAUGGAUUUUUGCUUUGUUUUGCUUAAUAUGGUGAUGAUCAUUGAACUAGUGUGUUCUUGCAUAUGGUCAUCCCAAUAGGAAGGAAGUUCUUGGAAAGGGGCAGGUUCAUAUUAGUGCAAGGAAACACGUAGGAGGGAUUUGGUAUGUAUGAAAGGUUUUCCAAAAACUCCAUUUUGCCUUUUUUGCCUAUAAUAGAUAGAUAUUUAGGAACUAACUACACUCUCCAAAUUUCUCUUGUUCUGUUUAAUGGUCCUCUCAUCUAAGAUGCCAAGGUAAUGAGUAAAAUCUUUCCUCUGGCAUCUGGUCAUGAAGCUGUAAGAAACCAAGUAGGCUCCCUGACAUAAUAGAGGGUGUCUUGGAUUAUGCUGUGUCUAUCUGAAGUUUUAUUCCGGUCUGUGUAGUCAUGCCUAAAGAGAGAAAAGUCUCAGCUAAUCUCAGGGAAAAGGGAAAACACGAUGGGAGAACUCAGUCUAAAGAAGAUAUGGAAUUCUUUCCCUGUGCUGACUGCAGCAAGUGCUUGAAGUUUGUGUUCUUGGCAGGUUGCCUUCUGAAAGUAAGAUCAUUGCUACCGUUUUCUCAGCCGUACACAAAUCUUGUAUUAACUUUUUCCAAGUUGAGGAAGCCGUUCUCACUCUCCUUCAGCUUUUCCUAACACCUCUCUAGCUCCCCCUCUUCAUUUUCUCUUCCUCUUCCUGUUUGUGCGCCUCUGCAUGCUUACCUCCAGUCUCGUAUGCAUGCCUAUUACCUAUCCUGUUCUAGUUGCUGUUGCUUCCAUUACCUUGCCUACUCUUUCUGACAUUUCUGGCUUGUCUUGAUCUGUUUUGCUACUGUUUCUAAGGUUACUUUAUCAGAUCUCCAGAUUAAGCAGCUCAUUUUCACACCUUGUUCUUCACCCUUGAUAAGUGGAUGCUAGGGUCCACGCAUUUUGACAGUAUGAGUGUCUCUUGCAAAUUGUGCUUUGACUUAUCUUGUGGGAGGGGAAAGUGCACAGAGCCAUGUCUCUAUUGCUUUGGUCUCCUCAACUAAUCCAUCCAUCCCUUAUCCUCUCUGUGACUCUUUAUCUUUGGGCUCUUGGGAUGCAUACUUCCCAAGAACCCACUUCAGUUAUACGCUAAAAAUACAUUCUCUCCUUGUCACCCAUUCAGAAUUUCGCCCUUGUACCUGUCAAGCUCCUCUACCUGUUCUUCAGAUUCCUUAAUCAUCUGAAAACUCCACACUGCUAACUAGAACAUUUUUCUUGUCACAGAUCCUCCCACCCCCCUUUCAAAAGAAACUGAGUAUACUCUCCAUUAAUUUUAAGGAAUCACCUGAACUAGUUCUCCUGACAUUUUCUAAUGCCAGGAUUGGGAACAUGGAUCUUUCCAGAAUGUGUGCCCUGGUCUGAAGCUUCAGUCUGGAGUUGUAUUGUCGACUGGAUUCCUUGGCUUCAUCAUUCAGGCCACACUCCCUGUCUGCCUCUGCCUUCAUCAUGUCCUCUGUACUCCAGCUUCUCCUGAUGCUCUUAGUUAGUUUCCCCUCCUUUCGGCUCACUCAGGUGCUUGUGUUUUGAAGGACUCGCUCACAGGCUUAUAUUCCUUCCUAGCUUCCCCAGUGGAUCGGCUCUUCCCACUGCACACUGAUAGCUCCUUCUGUCUGCCUCAUCUUGAUCUCCAGCAUGACUUGUUCUGACGUCACUGUGAUCUCCCCAAGAAAAUUAAGCCCUGAGAGACAGCCAAUGGUGUCCUACCUGCCUAGUAUGGGUAACACCCUCAACCCCCACCCCCGCAACCCACCAAAGAUUUGGGGUCAAAUUUCCUGUUGGAGGUGUGUCUGAACCUGGGGCUCAUACAGCUCUUCCAGGUCAAGGGUUGCUGAGACCGUACACUUGUUGACUCUUGUUCUCGAAGGCAGGACUUAAGAUAGAUUUUCAGGAACCAAGAUGGACAGCGAGAAGACAGACACAUGACAUAUUCCCAGGGUCCUCAGAGCCUCUCCCUUUGGACUGCUGACAGUGUUCCCUGUGCUGGCAGACACAGCGGGAUUUCUCUCACUUGAAAAGCUGCACUGGAAGGAGAUGGCUCCCACACAGAAAGUCAUUUGAGGUUGUCUUCUAUAGGUAGACCACUUGAAGCAUGUUUUUCUAGACUGUGUGGAUGGUGCUGGCCCAGCUGAGGCGUCCACACCAGGGCUGGGCUCGCCUAUGGAAGCACACGGAGUCUCAAGCAGUGCUCCCGUAGACUAUUCUCAGAUCGCUUUCUGCUCAGUUGCUGAAGGGCAGUUUCGUAAUGGGAACCUGCUUGUCAUAGAUGCUAAUAGUUUGUUUUCUGCUAUGGAUUACAGAAGCCACUUCAGGACCAAACAGCUAACUAAACGUGCUAAGGUGUUUUCCCUGGAGACGGAGCUCUGUGCUCUGAAGAACUCCCCUGGUAGUGACGCUUGCUCUUCUCUCUUCUCCAGGGCCUGGCGUGCUUUGCACAUGUUCUGAGCCAUUCGAACAAGGAAGGGUUUUACCAGGCCCCCGCUCUGAUUCAGUUUUCUCUUAAGUCUUGCUAGGAAGGUUCAGUUUGGCAUUUCCUUAAGAAAGCUGUAGAGUCAGGCGUGGUGAAGGAAGCCUUUAAACCCAGCACUCCGGAGGCAGAGGCAGGAGGAUCUCUUGAGUUUGAGGCCAGCCUAGUCUAGAAUAGCAAGUUCCAGGGAGCCAGCGUUACACAGUGAGAGCCUCUCUCAAAAACAAGGAAAAGCGGCAGAGAUGUUGAGGUUUAAUCUAAAUCCAUCAUGGUGACUCUCAGUUCAUUUAGUUUCCUGCUCAGCUGUGACUGUAAAUAUUUUUUUUUUUUGUUUUUUUAAGACAGGGUUUCUUUGUCACUUUGUAGCCUGUCCUGGAGCUUGCUCUGUAGACCAGGCUGGCCUCGAACUCACAAAUAUCCACCUGUCUCUGUCUCUCGAAUGCUGGGAUUGAAGGCAUGCGUUACCACUGCCCAACGUAUUUUUUUUUAAUUAGUUUUUUUUUUUUCGAGACAGAGUUUCUCUGUAGCUUUUGGAGUCUGUCCUGGAACUAGCUCUUGUAGACCAGGCUGGCUUCAAACUCGCAGACAUCUGCCUGCCUCUGCCUCUGAAGUGCUGAGAUUAAAGGCAUAUGCGACCACCACCCAGCAACUCUAAGGAUUUUGGUUGAGAAAACUUGGGUAUGAGAGACUUCUCAGCCUGCAGAGCGCAGUGAACACCCAUGAAGGGGGCCUCCUCACACUAUGAUAGGAAUUUAUUAACUCAGACCACCAUGUUAAGUAAAUGACUGAAUAUUGUAAUUAUUUUCUUUGUUUUCUUUACCCAAUGAAUAGAUUGCCACUGUUAGUCAUGUUUUGUAUUUUCACCUCUUUGUAACUUAACUGUAAUGGCUUAAUUUUAUUUUUUUAAAGCUUACUAUGGUAUAAUAAGUAUUUUCCAGUUUAUUUUACUGAGCUGCUAGUGCAUCUCAGUGGAGUUUCAUGUCAUUCUUGAACAGAAACCUAAAUAAACGUCAGAUAUCGACGCACUGAAAC